GGUAAUUCCCAUUGCAUGCCACCUUGUAAGGGAGUGAUCGCACUGUUGUUUUUUACUGACCGUUGCGACUGGCCAUACUGACCGCUUCCCCACCGCUCUCGCUCGAGCCAUUGGACAAGGAGCGGUGCUAGUUUCUUCAUAUAAGCCUUUAUCUUCGGACGUGUCAAUCGGUAGAGAACUAUACUAGAGGAAAGCAAGAGACAAUGGUACUCGUGAUGAUGUUCCUGUUUUUGUUUUCAACGAAGGUGGUUACAGCGAUCGACCCAAAAACUGUAAAGCCGUUCUUUGAUUUGCUGGAGGUCCCGGUCGGCCAUCUGGAGCCCGCUGAGCACGAAUGGGCGCAGCAUCUGAGGGAAAACCUGGAGGCGGACAUAGCCUACUGGCGGCAGCGGGCCCCGCUCAAGGCCAACGCCGCAAUGCAGUUGUACGAUGACUUGAUGAGGCUGCAUAACCUGAAAGCCGUGCAUCAGUUGGUGCUUAUAUACAAGAAUCAGAUUUACUACCCUUUCGCUCAAGACCCCCACCGGCGGUACCCGCCGGACUCGUCUGCACCACAGAUCCACGCCUUUUACAACCAUCUGCAGCCGCUGCUGGACCGCGGCGAUUUGAAGCUGCCGGAUGUGCUGUUUGUGCACAACGUGGAGGACAACCAGCCGCGCUGGUGUGGUCCGGGCAGGAAUUGCAGCGCGCCGCUGCUGAGCCUGAUUAAGACGGUGGACGCGGCCACAGGCAACGACACAGACAUCCUAAUUCCCCAGUUCCUCUACGUUGCAAGGUCCAGCUACCAGUACCCUUGGCACCUCAAGAAGGAUGUGGCCUUCUUCAGGGGGACACCGUUUUGCAGCAACUGGUGGCUUGGCAAGUUUAAGCCUGAGUGCGAAACGCCCUGCACUCGUGCCUGGCUGGCGUAUCUAUCCAUGCGGGAUGAGGACCAGGGGCGGGGCCAGUCGGUGUUGGAUGUGGCCCUGACCGCGCCGUACAAGGGCGUCAGCACGUGCGUCAACAAGGCUCCACCAGUCAUGAAGACGGUGCCUCUCGCCAACCAUACCUACUACAAGUACCUCAUCCACCUCGAGGGCCACACUGCUAGCUUCCGUCUGGACAUGCUGCUGCACACCAACUCGCUGGUCCUGCUCCAGAACCAGCCCUUCCUGGCCCACUACAGCAGGUCAUUGAAGCCGGAUGUGCACUUCGUGCCGUUCUGGAACACAACAUCUCGAGGCAGGGAGGACAUCUAUGAUGUCGUUCAGGCCGUGCGACACAAGGAUUCCGUGUAUCCGGAGGAGAUCCAACACAUGAUCCGUGAGGGACAGAGUUUCGCCGUGAGGUUCCUGACGCUGGCGGCGCGUGUGCGAUACCUGCGUGACGCGCUCCUAGCCUACAAGUCCUUAUUUAGCGACAUGGACCCAUUUAUUGAGGAGCUGGUGGUGCGUAUGCGGGAGCGCGGGUUCCAGAUACCCAGAGACAUUGCAGGCUCAUCUGAUCGGCGGAAGCGGCGCAAGUGAGGAGCUUGAGACGUUUGGGUACUGCGACGGCGCUGGACGGCGCUGGACGGCGAUGGCGCGGCGAUAUAUUCAAGUCGCUGCAUUGGAUUGGUGCGAAGCAAAGAAGCCAACGCUUGCAAACUCAAGUGCUGACGCGCGAGCGGUGGCUGGUGGUGUCCAGGGGAACUAACUAAGCGCCAAUCUAGAACAGGGAACGUGGAACUGUUGGAUGCAGUAGACAAGGGUUUGCCUCACGGGUUUGCCUGCUGGGCCAGUGUGGCGGCAUGGCGGCAAGGAGCCAGCACAGCCCCACUACUGUAACGGCCCCGGCCA